AUGAAGAUUUCAAUCAUUUGGCCAGCUUUUGCUAUCAGCGAGAAAGCCCGAAAAACAGGCUGCAAAUUAGAAGGAAUGCAGCCAGACGAAGAGCUUUUGUGGGAUUAUACCGGAUGCAGAAUUCCGGGAUCUUCCGAAAAGCUUUCAUUUAAAAGCUCCUUCGAAGCAUCAGUAGACUACCCUGUGUGCAAAUCUCAGGGAAGUUUUCAAUUGGGAAUUGAUUACAACUUCGAAUGCCAGAAAAGCGGAAUCCUGGUCACAUCAAACGACUCCGUGUUUGAACUCACUGAUCGCGCGGAAAAUAUCGAAGAAGACUGCAAAGCGAUUUCGCAUUGGAGCAAUCCUGGGGGUUCCAUUUUCCUGCCAAAAUGCAUGCAAAUUAAAGAAAACACAAGAAAUUGGAAUCGGGUUAUCAUAUCGCGGAAAGAAGGACCUCGCAAGUGGAAGUCAAAAACGAUCAUGAUCGAAUGUAGCGAUGAAGAUUAA